AUGACUCUUCCUGAAGAAAUUGUCAACAGUCAUGGCUCCGCGCGAUCAGAGUCCCAUGCCACCGCCACCUCCUCCCAACUCUCCGGUCCUCAAGCGUUGCCAGAACUAAAAGCUCGCAUCAAAGCUGGGUUGAGAACGUACCCAGACUUUCCCAAGAAAGGCAUACUAUUCGAAGACAUUUUCCCACUCUUCUCCUCGCACAAUCUACACCAAGAUCUCAUCCGAGCCUAUGAACUGCAAAUUGUUGAGAGCUUCGGCCACAGCAACAAGCCCGAUGUGAUUGUCGGCCUCGAUGCACGAGGGUUCCUCUUUGGUCCAACAUUGGCUUUGCGUUUCGGGGCUGGAUUCGUCCCAGUCAGGAAGCAGGGCAAGCUCCCUGGAAAAAUUGAGACUGCAACAUUCGAAAAGGAAUAUGGCACCGACACGUUUGCCAUGCAAGCAGACGCCAUACAACCCGGUCAAAAAGUCUUGAUUGUGGAUGACUUGAUCGCGACCGGAGGAUCAGCUUCUGCCGCUGGCACUCUGGUUGAAAAAUGUGGCGGGACGUUACUUGGCUACAUUUUCAUCAUUGAGCUCACAUUCUUGAAAGGUCGAAGCAAACUCAAUGCUCCCGUCUAUACGUUACUUGAAAGCCAGGCGUAA